AUGAGCUCAGCGCUCACCGGGUUCACCGGCGAGUCAAUUUCACCGUUGGGCGCAAUCACCCUGCCCUUAACCCUCGGGGAAGUGCCGAGGACAAAGACGGUAAUGGCAACCUUCUUGGUAGUCGACCUCCCUACCGCUUACAAUGCGAUUCUGGGAUGCCCCACCCUCAAUAAGUUCAGAGUGGUUAUCUCCACCUACCACCGAACCAUGAAGUUCCCAACCUAUGCGGGGGUCAGGGAAGUUAGCGGGAGCCCCCGCGAAUCAAGGCGGUGCUACCUGACUGCGGUCUCUCUGCACAAGGGGAGGAGAGAUGGACCGCCCCUUGAAGACCCCCGAGAAGCAAAAAGGUCAUCCUAG